CCGAAGCUGUCAGUGAGCGGACUGUAUUUAGUACGCACGUUAUCAGUUUCACAUGUUAUGCUUGUGGACUUUUUGAGACUUGCCGUAUUCAUUUUUUGUGUGUGUUUGUGUUGGUUUUGUUUGAUAGUUAUAGCUCGAAAGCAAUCUAACUGUGAGUACUAUUACUAAAAAAAUUGUGAACAGAAUAUACAACCGACUUGUUUCCUAAACCAGCAAAAAUGGAUGAACUUAGUCAAGUUUUAGCUACUAGCUUUUCUGUGUCCAGAGAUCCGAACAGCAUAGCUGCAGCUCACCCCCGGUUAUCCCAAUACAAAUCAAAAUUCAGUAGUCAGGACCAAGCUGAGCGAAGGCGCAAGCUUUUAGACCUGCAGAAAUCGAAGCGGUUGGAUUACGUGAAUCAUGCCAGGAGGUUAGCUGAAGGUGACUGGGUUGGUGUUGAAGAUGAAGCGGAGGAAGAUGAUGACGAUGGGGAGAGUGGAGAAAUGGAUGUAGAUUCGAAGUCCAGGAAGCUGCCAAAAUAUUAUGCAAAUCAGCUGAUGCUGUCUGAGUGGCUGGUUGAUGUCCCAAAUGACAUGGCUGAAGACUGGUUUCUUGUGGUAUGUCCUGUUGGAAAAAGAUGCCUCACAAUAGCUUCUAAGGGAUCCACUGUUACAUAUACAAGAAGUGGUUACUGUGUUAACAGGUUUCCCUCCCUCCUCCCAGGUGGAAGUCGACAUAACUCUUCUACAGGGAAAGACUACACAAUCCUGGACUGUGUUUAUAACGAAUUGAACAGAACGUACUAUAUCUUAGAUGUGAUGUGUUGGAGAGGGCACCCUGUGUAUGAUUGCCAGACAGAGUUCCGAUUUUUUUGGCUUAAAUCCAAACUAGAGGAAGAAGCAGGAGGAUUAAAAGAAGUAUCUAAAAUUAAUCCAUUCAAAUUUGUAGGCCUUCAGCAUUUUGCUUGCACUCCUGAUGCUGUUUGCCAGGCACUUUCUAUGGACUUCCCUUAUCAAGUGGAUGGACUUCUUUUUUAUCACAAGCAAACUCAUUACACCCCAGGAAGCACACCACUAGUUGGCUGGCUCAAACCUUAUAUGGUGCCUGAUAUCCUAGGAUUUACUGUCCCAGCUACACCACUGACUGUCAAACCUGAUUAUGCAAAUGACCAAAUUCAGCAAAUUAUUGAACACAAGAAGAACCCGAGUUCUGUAGAAGGAGGUGCAAAAGAAGCUCCAGAAAGUGGACGGUAUGAACUGGAGCAUCUUUCAACUCCAAAACCUAAUUCCCCAAAGGUGAAGAGAGAGAAAGUAAAGAAGAUGGAAACAUAAGCAGCUAUUUCUUGACAAAGAGGGAGCUAGUGCUCAGGAGCUGUGUGGCAUACGUUAAGAAGGUAUUAGAUACAAGGACUGGAGUUUGUUUCACAAAUUUUAGGUGUAGCUUUGCAUUGUGAUGUUGUCCAAAGUAGUAUUCAUGAAGAAGCCACUGCUGAAAAAAAAGAGUUGGUAGAAGCAACUUCAGAAAGUCUGUCAUAACCUACUAAAAGACAUAAAAUGACUGUUUUGUUUACAGUAAUACAUUUUCUACUGGGAGAGACAGAGAAACUAUACUUCCUUUAUUUUCUACAUUUGUUUUAAAAUGGGUCAGUGUUAUGAACUUUAAAUAGCACUUACUGAAAAUGUACAUAAACAUAUACAUUUGUCAAAGAAAAAAAUUUGUAAACUGUCUUGUGGUAAAGUGCAAGUUUUUAAAGCGCACACAAAGUAGAGUAUGUUAAUUUGGGGAGAAGUUAUUUAUAUCAAUAAAGUAUUAGCUCCAGA